ACGUCAGCUGAGUAUUAUUGAUCUGUCAAAUCUAUUGCUAUUGUUUGUUGUGAUUAUUUUUUUCUAACAAAGAGAUUUGAUGAAAUGGGUAAAAUAUUUCUAGAUCAUGUUGGUGGAACCCGUUUAUUUUCUUGUGCAUCGUGUGAUGUGAAUCUAACAAACCGUUCUGAACUAAUUAGUACUCGAUUUACAGGAGCUACGGGUAGAGCAUUCUUGUUCCAUAAGGUGGUGAACCUAGUGUACUCGGAGGUACAGGACCGUGUGAUGCUGACGGGCCGACACAUGGUGCGCGAUGUCUCCUGCAAGAACUGCGGCACGAAGCUGGGCUGGGUCUACGAGUUUGCUACGGAAGAAAAUCAAAGAUACAAAGAAGGCAGGGUGAUUUUGGAACGAGCCCUGGUCACCGAAAGUGAUGGCAUUGAUGAAAUCCAAGUUAACAAUGAUGACUAGACAAUGUCUUGAAUCUCAACUCUCUCUUGCAGUGCCCAUGGCCAAAUCUAACAGUUAGUGUAUAACGGUUCUAGUUUUUUUUGCAGAUGCUGUUGAAAGAAUUUAAUUCAUGCAAAAAGAAAAUAUCUGAAUCAUAAAUUCACUUUUAUGUUCUUAUUUUUGUAUUAAAAUUAAGUUUAACAAUAUAAAUUAAUACUUAAUUAAAACCA